AUGAAUAUUUGGCCAACCAAUAAGGUAGGGAUGUUAUAUAACUUAUAAUAUAACUUACUGACCGAGAGUGAGGGCAGUACUGGAAAAUAUCCAACCGAGGACUUUCUGUGUUGACCGAGCUAUAGCGAGGUCAAUACAGCAAACCGUGGUUGGAUAUUUUCCCGUACCUCCCGAACGGUUGAGGUCAGUGUAAGUGUUUUACUAUAUCGCAUUUUAUUAUAUUACAUUUGCAAAAAAUGUGAGGGAAAGUCACGCGAGGCCUUCAGUCUUUUGAAUGGUGAUUUUUAAGGCGCAUUUCAGCCCUUUUAAUAGACCUUUCCCCUUAUAACCAAAAUUUUGAUCUAGGCAAGUCUAGACAAAUAUUUCAUCACAGUUUGAAAGAGCAUCACAAAAUUAGUACUAGAAAAUACAUGCAUGCAGAAACCCUCGCCUUGCUGACAAAACCAUUGUAUUUUCCGAACAUGAAGUAUCUAAGUUGUCAUGGUAACACGAUAAUUUUUUAAGAAUAUUCUUACAAAUGAAAAAUCGCCUAUAAAUAUCACUUUUAAUCACAAAAUUAUUAAUUUCCCAACAUAUAUAUGUUAGGUAUGUUAUUAUACGUAAUAUAAGCCUCGAUUUAUGGUAAAAUUCAACCACAAACGCUUCGCAAAGCGUUUUAAAGUCAUUAGUGUUCUUUAAUAUAAAACUAAACUGCCUUUUAAAAUGGCUUUAUCGAUAAACUUUGAGUUUGCAAUAAAAUGAUUUAAAAUUCUCGCUUGCAAAUAACUUUGCUUUGUUAUUUAUUUAAAAAAUUCAAUAUCAUAAAAAAGGGAAUCAAUAUUAAAGAUACACUGAAAUUAUAUGCUGUCUUGUUUAGUUGUUUCAUAUACGCAAAGGCCGUCGGGUUUUAAAUCCAUUAUAAAAUCAAUAUUUAAAACAAACUUACCUUCGUUAACGUCGGCUCCCUUCUUUUAGCCGAUUCUUUCGCAGUUUCUUUCUCAGAGAGCUUUUGAAAUUUACAAAAUCUUGCAAAAAUGCGAGCAAAAUGAAAUAUAUUUGCAAGAAAUUUAUCAAUCAUCAAAUCAAGAAAUGUUUGCUAUUUCGCUGUCGUCAUGCAGUCGUUAUAAUGCAAACUUUAAAUUGGACCAAUCAGUGUCCGCUAUUCGUGACAGUCCGCCAUAUUUUUGAGAUCAGUGAGGAUGACCACCCACCCAACACCGUUGGUGACCCACGCCCGCGAUAUUUGAUGAACUUUAGACUCCGCUAAUGCUUUCGUUUCCCCGGGUGUAAAUAGCCGGGGGGAAUUAGUACCCUCGCACGGCGCUUCGCGCCGUCGGCUCGGGGAAUAUUCCAAAGUUUCGUUGCGAAAUGUUGUAAAAUGAGGAAAAUAGAGCCUUGCGAAGUUUGCAAUUUUCAGUCAUUUUGCAUUACAAACGGGAAAUUGUAGCCCCAACACACGAAUCGGAUGUCAAUUUCCCGUUUGUAAUGCAAAAUGACUGAAAAUUGCAAACUUCGGAAGGCUAUAUUAUCCGCAUUUUACAAGAUUUUGCAACAAAACUUUGGAAUAUUACUAAUUUUGUGAUGCUCUUUCAAGCUGUGAUGAAAUUUCUACGAAACUACGAAAAUCAAUUAAGCAUAAUUCAAGAUCAGCAAACUAAAUGUUUUUAACAUUUUAAAACAUUUUUAUUGUUAUAAACAUUGAGUUUACUUAUCUUGAAUUAUGCAUAAUUGAUUUUCCUAGUUAGUUUUUUUUUAAUUAAAAGGGCUGAAAUGCGCAUUAAAAACCAUCAUUCAAAAGGCUGAACUGUGGAAGAACUGAAACACUUUUAUUAAAAGUUCGCUUGGUAGCUUUCCUCGACUUUCCUCUAGCUUAUUUAUUAUAAUUAUGUAUUGUGUUCUUCCUCGGACUUCUUCACCUUAACCGGAAAAAAACCCCGGUUAGGCAGCCUGUGUAUGUAAUCCGCUCUCAGAUUGUUCGUGUUCUCAUAACCUAAAAAUUUCACCAUUAGCAUAUAAGAAAUAGUAAUAUCUCUGAUCCCGAGUUAUACCAAAACUUUAUCAGCGGCUUGCGCUUGUCUCUUGUAGAUACAAUUUUCAAGCCGCAAGUAUAGAUAGAUUUUCUGUUCGGACUUCUUAUUGUUUCAGACAUCGUUAUGUAUAUUUUACAGCAAAAUCCCAGAGGAAACGUGGUUUAAAUACAAGCAACAGUAAACCUGGAGACUCGCCACAGAUUAACAUCCCUAGUGAUAUUGGUGUGGUGAUAGCUGAAGAAGCUAAGAAAGUGGGACAGCAAAUGAGAAUGUAAGUUUAAUGAGUUUGUUGGGGGGUAUCGGUAGACUUCAUAUACCUUAUAGUGUUGGCCGCAUUUUGCGCGAUGCUGCUGUGGGUAGGUGGGCACCUCCCCUGAGAUAUUUUCCACCUCCCUUGAAAAUUCAUGCACUUCCUCUUGAAAAAGUUAAAUGAUGGGUCAAAGUCAAAGUUUGACUCAAACGUCACACAGAGAUGAUGAUCCGUAUCCCAACGGAUUCAUCUCACUUUUCUCUUCAUCUUGAGAUUACGUACAGGGGAAUGUAGGCGUACUAAAUAUAAACUUGGAGGCGAAAAGUUUUAUUUGAAGUCCACCGUGUGUUAGUACUGUUCUGGGUCCAACUUUUGUCCUACAUUUGUCCUAUAUUUUUCCUACUCUAUUCUUGCUUUUCCUAAAAUGCUAGCUAACCCUAUUUUAUCUUACUGUACUUAUUUUACAUAAGGAUGCCAGCUAAAGCCCACAGAUCUAGAGAUUAUAAAAUAAUAGUGUGGGCAUUGUGGGGAACUAAUUGUGGGGAACUAAUUGUGGGGAACUAACGGUUUCGAGAGCUACGACGUAGUAUCAAAAGCUUGAUAAGAUCUAAGAAGCGUGAAUACAUUUCCACCAUGGCAAGCUCAGUUAAAGAUAAACCCAAGGAUUAAUUUCUGGAGAUUAUUGAAAGCUAAGACGAGCGGCUCUUCUCUUCCUGACACUAUGACUCACAACGACCAACAAGUCACAACUGCAGAAGGGAAAGCCGAUGCUUUCAACAAAUAUUUCGCCUCCAUUUUUCGUCCCGUUUCGCCAAGUUCUCCCAUUGUUUCUCCGUCUCUUUCCAGUCAGAAUAAUCUCGAUUCUAUUAUCAACAGAAGAAGUUAGUUAUCUUCUACUAAUAAAACCUCUUGACGGACAAAGCCACUGGACCUGAUGGAAUAUCUGCCAGAUUGUUGAAAGAAUGUUCGAACAAAUUGCUCCGUCUUUAACAGCGCUAUUCAACAAGUCCCUUUCUCUCGGUAAAGUUCCUCAGGAAUGGAAAGAAGCUAACGUAGUUCGCUUCCUAAGAAAGGUCACAUUCAUGAAAUCAGCAAUUACCGAGCGAUUUCCUUGCUGUCCUUAGUCUCCAAACUUCUUGAACAAGUCGUUCAUAUUCACGUGUCUGAGUUUGUUCAAUCCUUGCUAAGUGACUUACAACAUGGUUUUUGCAGAAAACGAUCUUGUACCACUCAACUUCUUCGCGUUUUCACGACGUUGGCGUGGCUUUAGAUUCCGGAAAAGAAGCUGACAUGAUUUAUUUAGACUUCUCGAAAGCCUUUGACGCAUUUCGGGUACAUUGUUGAAGUGGUUCACGGAUUACUUGAAUGAAAGGCGACAACGAGUGGUAGUUGACGGAAUAUCAUCCUCCUUUCUUUACGCAACGUCAGGCGUCCCACAAGGGAGUAUAAUUGGACCUCUUCUAUUCUUGAUCUUUGCAAACGAUCUUCCGAACGCAGCUAAGCACAACACGGUUCCUAUGUUUGCUGAUGACAGUAAAUGUUACCGUCAGAUAACCCAGCCACGUGAAAGAAAUCUACUUCAAUCCGUCCUGGAUUCUCUCCAUCAUUGGUCAUCCACAUGGGAUCUAAAUUUUAAUACCAAGAAAUGUGCCGCUCUCCGAUUUUCACGGAGAAAAACGUCUGCUCCAACCCAAGGUUUUGUCUUAUAUCAAAAACCAUUUAAGUUUUUCGCGACUCAGAAUGAUUUGGUAUCUUGGUUAGCAACGAUUUGAAAUGGUCCUCUCAUGUUAUCAAUAUAGUCGCUAAAGCUAACAGAAUGCUUGGGUUUCUACGACGAAAUUGUUUCCACCUCACUGAUGUGAACGCUCGUCGCCUUCUGUAUCUGUCUCUGGUUCGUUCUCACUUGUCAUUUGGAUGUGAAAUCUGGGCCCCUCAAGGACCUUCUGCUGCUUUGCUUCGUCUCGAGGGCAUUCAACGUCGAGCUACGAAAUUCAAUCUCAAAGAUUAUGAAUCUUCCUAUCCUGAUCGUUUGAAAAAACUCAAUCGAAUUCCUCUAUCUUAUUGGCAUGAAUUAAAGACAUCAUCUUCUUCUAUAAAUGCAAAUCUGGACUGUACGAACUUGACACGAAUCAAUUCAUUAACCAACCUCUUCAUCACUCAAUCCGUUCCAGUUCUGGCGAUUUUUUUCGUCCAAAUUUCUGUAAAACUUCUCUCUUUAGAGACUCGUACUUUAAUAGAAUUGUUUUUUUGUGGAAUAAUCUACCUUAUGGUAUAAAAGCGUCCUCUUCAGUUGCUAUCCUUAAGACUAAACUUAUAUAUAUAUACCGGGUGGGGCAAAAAAAAGUACGACUGUUUGAUUUACUAUGACUCAAAAACUAAAAGAGCUAUUACACUUAAAUAAAUCACCCUAUAUUCCGCGAUGUUUAACUUAGAUUUUGAUAUAUGUCUGGUGCAUUUUCAUGCGAUUAUGACUGAGAUAAUUGUGUUUAAACUUACGCGAACAUUUUUGGAACCGCCAAUAAUUAGCUGAAAAGCCCGUAUUAAACUAAUUCAAUAACCGUUACGAUUUGUUCGCGAUUAUUGUUUCAAUGAAGUGAUGUCGAAGUUAUAGAAAUAUUUCUUCAUUCACAGACUUUUUAUUUUUUGUUUUACGAUGUUGGACAAUGGAUGUGAACUUAUAAGGCCGAUUUUAUUAAAAGUUUUGUUCGUAGAAGGUAUCCGAUACCCGUGGGAUAGGUAGUCUGUAUGUUCUAAUGAGUCUAGAACGAGUUGUCCCAUUUCACGGGCAAGAUGUUGCAAUUGUGCCGGGGAACAUGAAUUUUCUGAUGAAUAGAUGAUUGCUUUUGAACAACAAGCGUUAACGUAUUGACUAUAGAGUAUAACGCGUCUUAACACAAGUUGUUUUUGUAUAUAAAGGUAUUAAUAUUUAAUAGGCCGUUUUUAGCUUAAUUCUCUCAGUUUCAAAAAUGUUACUCUUGUUCAAAUGCACGUAUCUUUGUCAAUAUGGCAUGGAAAUGUGCAUGGCAUAUAUCAAAAUUUAAGUUAGACAUCGCUGAAUGCCAAUAAACGUGUUUUAUUGCAAUUGCUCUUUUAGUUCUGAUGUUAUACCAAUUCAAAGAGUCGUACUUUUUUUUGCCCCACCCGGUAUAUAUAUAUAUAUAUAUAUAUAUAUAUAUAUAUAUAUAUAUAUAUAUAUAUAUAUAUAUAUAUAUAUAUAUAUAUAUAUAUAUAUAUAUAUAUAUAUAUAUAUAUAUAUAUAGGGUGUAUAAAAAAAACGGAGUCCAACUUUUGUGCUUAAUAACUUUCGUACUGCUACUUCUAAUAAAACGGUUUUAGGCUUAUUUUAUAGCCUGUUCAUUUAUCUUUCGACCAAAUGGUCAUCCGUGUCUUUAGUGCAAGUAAUAAAUGCACAGGAGAAAAUUUAGUAAAACCUAUCAUGUUUAGAUGCCACUUAAUUAUACAAAUUUACUGUGUUAUUCCAUAGUCGGUUGCAAUGUUAGAAUUUUUUUGUUCAAACUUUAAUGUUCUUGUUGCCACAUCGGAAAAACUAGUAAGAACUUGUUAAAAACAUUCUAAAAGAGAUUAGGUUGUUUUAUUUAUUUCAAAAUCCUAUAUUAUUUCCAGAAAUCAUCAAAACAACCUUACGUCCAUGCAUCGUCCGAACGAGCACCAUCGAAUCGGGCCGUAAUGUAAAUAUAAAUUAGCAAGUUGACAGCAAGCUAAAACACGCUUCAGCCCGUAUUAUAACGCAUUUGAAGUCAGCAAGUGAAUUUAAAAUAGUGUAUUGGAAGCCAUUAUUACUUGAUUUUUACAAGCAAUUGCCAAAAUGCCUCAAUUUGCUCGUUUUGUUGACAAAAUAAGUUAUUUUCAUCAAGUACCGGUUUGUUAUUGCAUCUCAAAUUUUUGACUCUCCAAUCGCAAUCACUUAAAAUAUUAUUAUUCACGAACUUCUGGAUUAUAUUUACGAAACAACCCACCGUUGAAAAGCUGAAUGUCUAUAUACGCUUUAAAAUAAAUGUAAACCUGGACGUUUUGCUUUAAUAUUCGUUUCGAAAUUUAUAUUUGAAGCGAGGACCCCGUUUUUUAUGAUACACCGUUUUUUAUGCGUUGAUGGCCCGUAUUGUACCACAUGCGCUUGGGAGAGCAAGUGUCAUGUAUAUCAAUACGAAAGUCAUCGCGUGUCUAGAUGUGUACCAAGCUGCACUGAUGAGGCGUAGGACGCCGAAACAUGCAUGUCUGCAGAUUGUACUAUAUAUAUAUAUAUAUAUAUAUAUAUAUAUAUAUAUAUAUAUAUAUAUAUAUAUAUAUAUAUAUAUAUAUAUAUAUAUAUAUAUAUAUAUAUAUAUAUAUAUAUAUAUCAUACCAAUAAACUGAACACUGUCUAAUUCGAUAUAAAUAGACCUAGAACGUGGAAAACUCUGUGUAGCAAGUGUCGUUCGUUGCAAACAAACUGUUGUUCGUAAAUAUGUAGGAAUGUAUAGUCAUAGUUCAUGAAUACUGUGAUUGUAAUUUUAUGUACCGUUAUAUGUUUAGUGUAAUUUUUGUUAAUUUUUUGGUUGGACUUUAUAAGGAACUAAUGUUCUGUUGUCCUUUCCAUCAAUCGUGCGAUUGUUAAGUUAAUAAAAAAAAAAGAAGAAAAUCGGGAGACAAAUUCAAGCUCCUAAUGAGGGCAAAUAGCGCGCUCUGUCUGGCUAAAAUCUCGUUGCCCGGAUGUAAAGUUUCGUUUCCCGGAUGUAAAGCCGCAAUGUUUAGUAGAAGCGGGAAAUUAUGAGACUAACACAACUUUGAAGCCAUUGAUUUUUUACAGUUUUAACAUAGUUCAAGCAAGGACUGAAAGCUUGAAUGUUUUAAAGAUUGGUGUUUUCUUCGUGACUUCGGCACGUCUAAAUUUGUAUCCUCUUACACGAUAUAAAACGGAAAUUCGUCAACUUUUUUCGCCACAAAUAAAUGUAAAACAGUCAAGACGGUUGAUAACACCAGGAUCGAAUACUUGAAUUAUAGCCAAAAAAUAAAUAAUAAUAAUUUCUUGGUUUUACAUCCGGGUAUAACUAAAAUUCCCCGCUAUUUGCAAGCUUCAAUUUAUCCCUUUCGUUUGCCUGAAUUUUUCCUACAAUACCUCCUCUACUCUUAUAAUCUCUAUCAUAAACCUGAUUUACUGUAUUUACAAUCAUCACGGAAUUUAUAAACUAUUUUUCUGCUUUGUUUUCCUCAUCUUGCAGUAAUUCCCAGUCUGCGAAGUACACAAAUGUUGAAAGACCAAAAGAAAGCCAGCCGACUGUUCCAAAUGAUCCCACGAGUUCCCCGCGUAAUGCAACUGCUCUGGAGAACUACAGGGAAGUUAACCAUGUCGAGUUAACUGGUGAUAUUCACAGUACAAGUGAACAGCAGAAUAUUCUAGCUGAUGGCAUAUUAAUGGAGCAAUUGGCAGGCAUCCAAGGUGCUAUAGAUGUUAUGGAAAAUCCCGAAGUCACUGAUGAGGAGGACAGUUUGUCUCUGUUAAUGAAUGUUAUAGAAAGUGAAGAUUUGAGCAGUGUUCUUAGUGACAUGCCCUGGAAUCUUAUAUGAUAGGAUUCCUCUAAACACACUUUGAGUAUUCCUUGGAAUGAUACCUUUAGAAACAGUACUGGCGGACAGUAAAGAAAGUUUCUGAAACAUAGCAGAUUAUCAUAAAUAAUGUGUUAAACUGCUCGAGACUUCUUUUAUUCUAGAUAGAUAGAUACUAGAUAGUGAGUUUUAUUAGUAGUUAGAAAAUGGAACCUAGGCCUUCUGGUUGAAUUACGUAAAUGUUUAGAUAUAAGUCACUUAAAAUACAUCAUGGAGUUAUGUGUUAUAAAUAAAAAGUAUUUUUAAAUCAA